AUGUCAAUCGUUACGCCAUCGAAGACAUUCACACCCGGUCUGGAGUUCAAAAACAGACAGUACUUCGACCCAGAGAAGAAGUUCCACGAUGAAGUAGCUACGGCGCUCGGCAUCGUGCGGGAUAGGCUUCCAAUUUUGGGAGAGUUGAGAGCGCUUUUGAAGCUCACAUUUGGGGAUGCCACAUAUUCCAUCCCCCCGAUUUUCGUCGAUGCCCGCUCUCACCAGACUCAGCUUCUGGAUUCAGUAGGAGCUGAUGUCAAGGUGGACGUAGAGGUGACAAUCAAGCCGGCGUACAUUGUACGCUUCCAUGAAGGCACUUUGGAUCCCCGUAUGGGACUCUUCAUGGAUGCUCGCGUAUACGAACCAUCGGUGCCAAAGGGUGAUGUUCCCAAGCUAAUCCGUUUUGCGGACCUACUCAACAAAUCACCACCCUCGCUGCUGGGCAAGGCUCAAGACCUUGACCCAUCCGCCUUGCCUCAGCCAACCGAGGAUAUCGAACAGAUCAAAAAGGACCUGAUCGAGUACGGUUACGGACUCGUAAAGAACGCCUUGCUCCCUAAAGAAGUCGAGAUCAUCAAGAACGCGGUCCUCCAGCAGGCAGCCGGAGAACGACAAGCGGGGGUUGCCACGUUCGACGGCGGUUCGAAGGGACCCAACCAGCGUGUCUGGUGCGUUGUCUCAACCAUUGAGGUUUGCAGGUCGUCUGCAGAGAUUAAUUGCAUUGUUUUCGUAGGAAUCUCAUCAACAAAGGAGACGAGUUCAUACGCGAUUGUUCCGUGGUUUCUGGGUGACCAUGCUCACAUUUCAACGCUGUCGGCCAACAUCGCGCGACCCGGCAACGUGCCGAUGCAGCUUCACACCGACCAAUCGUCCAAGACGCCGCCGCAGCGCGACUUGGCUUUGGGUCUGAACAUUUCCUUCUACCUCGUAAACACCACCGACAUCAACGGGGCAACGCGGGUGUACCCGGGUUCCCACAAGGGCAACGUCGCACCCAGCGACAUAUGGACUGUGGAGGGUUCCAUACCGGCCGAGGGCCCGGCCGGGACCGCGGUCGUGUUCGACAACCGCCUUUGGCACACGACGGGGCCGAACCGCGCCAGCGAAGGCGAAGUCGAGCGUCCGGUGAUACUGCUUCACUUCGUGCGGUCCUUCGUGCGCGCCGGCGAGAACCACUAUCUCUCCCUGCGCAAAGAUGUCGAGGCGAAGCUGCCCGACAGGCAGAAGGCCUUCUUCGGAUUUCGUAAGAUCCCCGGCAUGGGGUCGGUCGAAGGGAAUACUACUCCGGGCAAUGUGACUCGAACGGAUGAUGCCAUUGGGCCGCUGCGUACAUCAGGUCAAGAAACAGAGACUUGA